AUGUCGUCGUGUAACAAUAAUACGAGUGAGCCUAAUUUUGGACAGGCUGUUAUUGGAGCUCCAGGAUCUGGAAAAUCAACAUACUGUUCAGCCAUGUCAGACUUCCUGAGGACAAUAAAACGCUUAGUUGCAGUUGUAAAUCUCGACCCGGCGAAUGACUAUACAAAUUUUGAGCCCCAAAUAGAUAUCCGAGAACUUAUAACGAUUGAAGAUGCAAUGGAAUUUAAAAUACUUGGCCCAAAUGGAGCCCUUCUCUAUUGUAUCGAAUAUUUGGAGCAAAACAUUGAUUGGCUCUGUGAAAAAUUAAACAAUUUUAUUACUCAAGGAUAUAAAUACUAUAUAUUCGAUUUUCCAGGACAAAUCGAGCUUUUCACUCACCACAGAUCAGUUUAUUCAAUUUUAAAUCAUUUGGAGAAGAGUUUAAACUUUCGUUUAACGGCGGUCAACCUUGUCGACUCUUUUUAUUGUUCUGAUAGUUCAAAAUAUAUCGCGGCUCUUUUAACGUCAUUGUCAACAAUGCUUAAAGUAGAGAACUUAUUUGACCAAGUUUAG